AUGGAAUCGGAUGAGGUUAUAAUAGAGGAAGUUAUAGGAGGUAUUUCAUAUGAAAAACCCAAUGAACAAUCAUUGAACUCUAAAGAAAUUAAUGAUACGCCAAUUAUUAUUGAAAAUUUAUCAAUGGUGCAAGAUAAAAAUUUAAAACACAAUGACCUUGAAACCAAUCAAAAUACAAACUACUGUGAAAUAGUCUCAAUCGAAAACAGUACAGUAAAUAAACAGAACUGUAAUGAUGGAGAUAAUACAAGUGAUCAACAAAGGAAAGCAUUUAUUAAGGGAAGUGUAAAUUAUAAUGAAGUGUCUAUUGACAGCGACAAGAACAAUCAGGGUAUAAAUGAAGAUUUGCCAAGGGGAGACUUGAAAGAAAAAAAUGAUGAUAUUUGCAUUAUACAUGAGAAGAUGAAUGCAAAUGAUAAAUUAUCUUCUCUCUCAACUAUUGCCUUGGAAUAUGGAGAUUCUGAUUCAGAAACAGAAGGUACUGUGGUUCACAAUAACCAUGAAAAUGAUCAAAUUACUGUAUCCAUGGAGGUGCAAAUGCAACCAUAUAGAACUAAUAAUAAGGAGUCAUCAAGUGAAGAAAGUGAUAGUGAAGAUGAUUCUAGUAGUAGCAGCGAUUCUUCAGUAUCAGUUGUAUCAAGUGAUUCAGAUAACGAAGAUAGUACAAAUAAACAAAUUAAGAAAAAUAACACAAAAGAACAAAAGAGUAAUGAAAUGAAAAGCGAGUUGGAUGACUUACCACCUAUUGAAGAUUUAAAAAUUAGUGUGCCAGAAGUAUUGUGUGAUCCAUUAGGAGAGGUAGCAUGGAUGGUGGAACAAUUAGUAGUUGUCCGUCCAAAGUCUGGUAAACCAACAUUAAAUUUGGAUACACUUUUAUUUGUUGAAAAAGGGCAACGAGCAUUAGGUAAAAUAUUUGAUGUUUUUGGUCAAGUGAGCGAGCCACAUUAUUGUGUGAGAUUUAAUAGCUCAGAACACAUUCAACAAUGUGAUAUCAAAGUAGGCAUGACUGUCUAUUAUUGUCCAAAUACAGAAUACACAUCCUUAGUAUUUUUACAUGAACUAAUCAAAAUUAGAGGAAUAGAUGCAAAUGCGGAUGAACCUCCAGAAUUUUCCGAUGACGAGGAGGAACGAGUUUAUUACGAAAAAUUGAAACAAAGCUCUAAGACAAAUGAAGGAGAUAUACCGUUUAAACGAAAACGUGCUACAAGUCCCAUUACUGGUUGGCAAUCAAAUCAUCCUUGGAAUAGAAAUAAACAAAGAAAUAGAAAAGGAUAUAAUCCACGAGGAGAUCAAAGACAGUUUUCGUCCAUGCAGACUGGAAAUCAGUCACAGAAUCUGUGGGUACAUCCUUAUCAAAAUAAUUGGUCAAAUGUUCCAGGAGGUUUGCAUUCAGAUGGCAGUGAACAUUAUGGGUAUGGGAUGUAUCCACCUGCAUUGCAGGCAAUGCAAUAUGUAAAUUCUAAUGUAAAUAAUAUUAAUCAGAAUUUUUAUAGUCCACAUAAUUAUUAUAAUGAAAAUGGUGCAGCAGUGCCUUUAAAUCCCAGAAUUCCUUACAAUGCAUGCCCAAGAGUUCAUCCGGGACAUACACUCUUUCAAAAUCAAGCAACUUCACCUUCAAAUAUAAGAUUUCGAAAUGCCAGUGCUACCUGGCAACCACAAAUGCUGCAAGUUCCUGCGAAAGUAAAUACACAAUGGGUAUCCUUACCACCUCCGCCACCACCACCACCACCACCACCCCCUUCAUCUUCACCACAACCUUCAUCGUCAGAAACAAGUUGAACAUUUUUAACGUGAUCAAUUAUUUUACAGAAAUAUAUG